AUGCCUAAGAGUGGCAGCUUGAACUGGGUCAUUUUUGUGUCUUUCGAAGAUGGGACCGAAUGGGUUUUUCGCUCUCCCAAAAGCGGACUCGACUGCUUCUACUCAGAUGAAACUGCCUCCAAGAUUCUGAUCAGCGAAGCAUCUACAUUGUUAUACCUCAAGGCUCAUACCUCGAUUCCGGUUCCCGAGGUCUAUGCAUAUAGUGGAUCUAGCGACAAUGAUAUCGGUAUUCCAUAUAUCCUCCAGAGCAAAGCUCCUGGCCGUUCUCUAGGCUCCUAUGACUGGACCCAACUUCCACAGCAAGUACCUGGGUUUCAACAUCGUCGCCCACUUAUGCCUAUCUCCAAUGAGAACCGAGAGAAAGUCAUGAGCCAGCUUGGUGCCAUGAUGUCGGAAUUAUCUAUCCACCGAUUUAAAAAGAUUGGUUCUCUGUUCGAUGAUGGGAAUGGGAGCUACGCUGUCGGUGAAUGUCUCUCGCCAUCACUUACCUGGCAAGAAAGAGACUCGCUCGAACUGGAUCGCGGCCCAUUCAAUCAAGAGAGCGACUACUUUGUUUCCCUUAUCUCGGCCUUUACAUCUCAUGCUCAAGAGCUUUCGCUUACACCCCACACCUUUUUCGCACCAGUUCCUGAUAUGCUGGAUUAUAAGAGCAUAGCCAGCUAUCAGGCAGCAUCAAGACGGUGGAACAAUUUUGUGGCAAUCGGUCAAAAAAUUGAGCAUAGCAAGAACAUUCUUUUCUACUGCAUCGCAGGGCAGUUUCUGUCUGAGAUGAUACCCCAUCUCUCCUCAAGCGUGAGAAACAGCUUCACACUUUCCCAUCCGGACCUCCAUCUCGGCAAUAUUUAUGUUGAUGAGGACUUCAAUAUCACCUGCAUUAUCGACUGGAGUUCGGUGUCAACUGGCCCGGUGUCUGAGCUGCUCGCAGCCCCAUCGCUAGGGAGCUCAGCCACACCGCCAUCAAAACGUCUCACUGCUGCCUAUCGGUCUGGUUUCAGCCAGCGAGCUACCGAAAUCACCCCAGAUCUACCCUAUUCAGAUCUUUGGCAGACAUCGGAAAGAAUGUGGUAUUUCACUCGACUAACUCGUUUACUUUCAAAAAAUGACCACCAGCUCUUCGAAAGGUUGUUUGAGCUCAUAUACAAGACGAGCACCGAUGACGAUGGAAGAGAGGGGAUUCUUUGGCUCUUCCAUCAGCGCGCUAGCCGGGACGAAAACAUAAAGCUUCUGGCUGAGCUUCAGGAGGAAGAUCUGACAGCGGAAGAGCUGCACGAAAGGGAGCAAGCUUGUUUCCCUCCCAACAGAACUGUAAACUCAGACGCCAUUGCUGUGGCGAGAAAAUUGACGCUGAUGUCAGAGAUGAAUCCAGCUUUUCUUGCCGACCAUAGAUUGUGGCAGUGGGUUGAAGAAGCUCGUGUGCAGGAUGAACUUCCUUAG